CUGCUUCUGGUGGCCAUGCCAUGGCAGGGUGUUGGACUGGAUGAUCUCUAGAGGUCCCUUCCAAUCCUAAUGGUUCUGUGAUUCUGUGAAGUAGCCCUUGGCUUGGAGAGUUCUUCCUAGCAGUCGUCCAGCCUCACUUCCUCUCUUGCAUCCCACCAGUGGGUUUUCUCUCAAACCCCAACUUUGCCAACAUGAGCAGUUGGAUUUCAACAGUGGUUAACAAGGAGACACGGAUGAUGGUAAAUUCAAGCGUAGACACAAUUCUUCUUGCAGGAUGCUGGGAGCUGUUUUUAGUCAUGCAUCCAUCGAGCUACUGUGCUGUUCCACCUCCACCUCCAGCGCUCAGACACUGAAAUGGUGCUCCUCAUCCAGGAGGCCAAUAAAACACUAUGGAGAUGAGCUGCUUGGGAGAUCUUAUGAGUCAAGCCGUUACAUUUUUGGAACAUCAUGAUGUUGAAGUUCCUUUUCUAUUUUUUACCCAACUUCCCAGGAACACACAAAAAAAUAUAUAAUCAACUAAGAAGCUGAGCUCUGCUCUAGGAUAAGGAGUGGCUACAAAACCCAAAUGACACUAGAUUUCUCUGCCAUGGUACCCAGCGGUGCCUGUGUCUCUGCUCGGAACGGUUGUGCUGCACACUUGUGUGUGCUCAUAGUGCGGGUUUGUGCUCUUGGGGGAUGAUGGAGGGUGAUGCAGCACCAUGAAGACAUCAGAGGAGAUCCCAGGGUGGUUUUGCUGCUGCAGUGGUGGGGUGGCGCAGCCAUGAGUGCAGGUUCGAUUGAGCAGGAGCCGUCGCGCAAGCUGGCCUGCUGUGGGGUGCCCCUCAUCACCGAGGACAUGCAGUCCCUGGCCAUCCGCACCCUCUCAGGCACUGAUAUCAGCAAGCACUACGACCUCAUCCGUGAGCUCGGCAAGGGCACCUAUGGCAAGGUAGACCUGGUGUCCCACAAAAGCACAGGCACCAAGAUGGCCCUGAAGUUUGUCAAUAAGAACAAGACGAAGCUGAAGAACUUCCUGCGGGAGUUCAGCAUCACCAACACGCUCUCCUCCAGCCCCUUCAUCAUCAAGGUCUUCGAUGUGGUCUUCGAGACCGAGGACUGCUACGUGUUCGCUCAGGAGUAUGCCCCUGGCGGGGACCUCUUCGACAUCAUCCCGCCACAGGUGGGGCUCCCCGAGGAGCUGGUGAAGCGCUGUGUGCAGCAGCUGGGCCUGGCCCUCGACUACAUGCACAGCAAGAGCCUGGUGCACCGGGACAUCAAGCCGGAGAACGUCCUGCUCUUUGACCGUGACUGCCGUCGCGUCAAACUGGCUGACUUCGGCAUGACCCGCAAGGUGGGCUGCCGGGUCAAGCGCAUCAGCGGCACCAUCCCCUACACGGCGCCCGAGGUGUGCCAGGCCGGGCGGGCGGAGGGCUUUGCCGUGGACACCAGCAUCGACAUCUGGGCUUUCGGGGUGCUCAUCUUCUGCGUCCUCACCGGCAACUUCCCCUGGGAGGCGGCGGUGGCGUCGGAUGCCUUCUUCGAGGAAUUUGUGCGGUGGCAGAAGGGGCGGCUGGCGGGGCUGCCCUCGCAGUGGCGGCGCUUCACGGACAGUGCCCUGCGCAUGUUCCAGCGCCUGCUGGCCCUCGACCCUGAGAAGCGCUGCCCUGUCAAGGAGGUCUUCUACUUCAUCAAGUGUGACCUGAUGGCUGAGGUGCGGUGCCGACCCUCCUACCGCUCCCGCAAGCAUGCCAGGGACAAGCUCCCGGCUGGGCCGCACUGCCAUGAGGCAGCCGGGCCCUGCACCCCUGCCCCACUCAAGAGGACCGUGCUGACCGAGGGGAGCAGCCCCCGCAGCCCCGAGCCAAGCACGGUGUCCCCGGGCACAGCGAGCAGGACGGAAGGACGGCAGGACAAGGGCAAAGGGCAGAUGGUCCUGGCCACAGCAAUAGAGAUCUGUGUGUGAUGGCACCAGGGCAGCUAGCGGUGCCCGCCCGUCCCGUCCUGUCCCCAUGCCAUGGGGACAGGGAUGGGCGGUGCUGGUCAUGGUGGUGGCAUGAGCCGGGACCAGGCUCCAGGCCUCCCAAAGGAAAAAAAGAUACAGAAAGCAAGAGGAAAAGGACAAAGCUGGCUGCACUCUGCAGCGCUGAGGAUGCUGAUCCCCCACUUCCUGCCUGACGGCAGCAUGGCCAAGGGCACCACUCACUGCCCAUGAGGACGCUGGUGCCCCGGCUCCUGCCACCCACAAGCCUCCCCCAGGGUGCCCCAGGAGGGGUCUCCCAGUGUGGGGAGGAUGCACUGAGGAAACUGCACACCUGGGGGUCACUGCCCAAGGGUGGGGGGUCCAGGGCAGUUGGUACCUACCAGGUCUCCCCACCCCAUGCUCAAGGGAAGGCCGAUGACACUGCAUAUGGAAGAGGCCUUUGGGGACACUUUAACCCCUUCCACCAGUCCCUGCCCCAUUCGUGGGGCCUGGGAAGUGAUGGAGGGCUGGUGAGGGGGAGCUGGGGUCACCAGCUGCCUCCCUGCCGCAGGAGAUGCUGGCAGCCACUGAUGUAGCAGUGUCCCUGUGUGUUGUUGUGUGUCCCAGCUGCCGGCAGUCCCGGCCCACCCUGCCCUGCUGCUGGCAGCCCCCGGCCCCCACAGAGGGACCGGUCCCCUCACAGCCGGGAGCUGAGCUCCGCGGUGCCAAUGUCCAGCAGGUUGGAUGCUUGGCAUGGGCGGCUCUGCCAUGGUGGUGUCCCCUUGUCUCUUCUGCAGACUUUUUGUACCCAGGGACUGGAAGAGGCGGUGAUGGCUCGUCUCCAGGCUGGUCUGUACAACCUGGGGGCUUCGAGCAGAAUCCCGUGUUGUCCCAAUCCUCCCUCCUUGCUGUCACCCCUUCCCCAAACCUCUGUUACCUUCCCGUGGGGCUGGUGGGGAGGCAGCAGUGGGCUGACCUUUCAAGGCUGGCUGCAGCGGGGCAGGGUGGUGGUGGCAGGACCCGCUGAUGGCCCCUUAGGGACAAGGUCAUGGGGUGUGUGGGGGGCUCACAACUCCCCUCCUGGUUUUGGGGGGCUCAGGGGGCACCCCAAGGCAGCAGCACCCAAUCCAUGGCAUGGUUCAGGCUUCUCUCCCAUCAUGGUGGGUGCCAUGGGGACCCCUUUUGUUCCCUUGGGCGCCCCAAUUCCCGCACAAAGGGCUAUCCAGCUAUCCAGCAGCAGCAGCAGUUUACACAGCGGGCGGGUGCCCGGCUGGCCCCACCACCGCCGCUGCCCCAUCCCCGUGGCCCCCAGGGCCAGGUUAGAAGUAGCAUUGCCCUGAUGUAGAGACGCUAGGCGCGGACUUUCCUCCUUUUUGCCUUAGGUCCCUCGAUGUCCUUGAACUUUUCGUGCAAUAAUGUAGAUGCGGGGCUGCGGCCGCCCCGGGAGGGCCGGGCUGAGCCUCCCUGCGGGGCCAAGCUCUGGUUCCUGUUCUCGUCGAGGUCGCUGUGUCCGUAGGUUGUCGGGUUUUUAUUUCCAGUUCCCUCGGCUGUCGGGUUUUGGACCUUCUUUCCAUAGGAGAGGCUGUAGUGUCACAGACGUUACCUCAGUUUGUCACUGUUGAAAAGGAUUAAAAAACAAAACACAAACCACAAAUAAUAAGCAUAAAAAAAUGAAAAAAUACAUAGUUAUAAAAACCCAAAAACCGUC